AACACAAAUAUAUUGUUGCGACAGUAUAUGCGAACACUCCAACGCUAGUGCAAAGAUUGAGAUUAUUUCUGUUUCACAAGAUUUUCGGGACAGUCUUUGUCAAAGCACAACGAAUCUCAUUUUCUGCAUCAACUCUACUCCUGAAUAUCGAUCUGGAAAACAAGAUGUAUCGCAAAGAUAUGUUUUUGGUAAUAUAAGAAGGCGCAACACAAUCUCAGAACUGGAUAGGAUUGCCGGAGGAUUCCUUCUCCCACAGCAUCAACGAGGCUCCUAAAUGGAAACGACCAGUAGUGAAACUGGAUAGGCCAAUGACUUGUAACGAAGCAGGCCUUAGUACCUAGGGUUCUAGAAUGGAGGUCAUUCAAACAAAGCUGCAUGAAUUUAACCAUUUUUAUGAAUGGGCUUUCAGUGUGGCAGAUGAGCGUGUAUCUGACUGGCCCUUAAUGUGGGGCUACUCUCCAACUCUGGCCAUCACUGCCCUAUAUCUUCUGGCUGUGAACACAUUGCCCAAGUUCAUGGAAAACAGGCCGGCAUUCAAUUUGAAGUACACACUGGUCAUCUAUAACUUUAUCUGUGUCCUCAUCAACUUUCAUAUAUGUUCAGAACUGCUGAUAUCCUCGACUAUGCUAGGGUACAGUUAUUCUUGUCAGCCUGUCAGCUACACCUAUGACCCCUAUGAAAUCAGAAUUGCUAAAGCCUUGUGGUGGUUCUAUUUCUCCAAGUGUGUGGAAAUGUUAGACACAAUAUUCUUUAUACUCAGGAAGAAGAACAAUCAAGUCAGCUUUCUCCAUGUGUAUCAUCAUGCCACCAUGUUUCCUAUUUGGUACAUUGGUGUCAAGUGGGUGGCAGGUGGUCAAUCAUUUUUUGGAGCAAUGAUAAAUUCUUUUAUUCAUGUGAUAAUGUAUACAUAUUAUGGAGUAGCUGCCCUUGGACCAGAAUUCCAGAAAUAUUUAUGGUGGAAACGUUAUUUGACGAGGCUGCAGUUGCUUCAGUUCUUUGUGGGUCUGCUCUACGCCUCCCAGUCCAUUUACCAGGAGUGUGACUACCCUCUAUGGAUGGAGUGGGCUGGAAUCAUUUAUGGCAUUAGUAUUGUGGCACUCUUUAUCAACUUUUAUGUGCAAGCAUACAUUAAGCCUUCGUCAUCUUCCAGACAAGAAAUGAAAUCACUCCCCAAGAAGUCAACAGAAAGUAAUGGCAGUGUUGCUAAUGGGCAUGCACUGAAUGGCAAAAUGACAGAACAUGCGAAGAAGAAUUGAUAAAUGUUGAUACAAUUGAUAACAUAAAAACAAGGUGUAAGAGAUGAGAAAGAAAUGUGCUGUUUUCUUUUUGAACAUUGUAUUUAGACUUUUUCAAUAAUGUAUUUGAAAGUCUGUAUGUUGAGUGUACAAGACGAGGCGAGUUACUUUAUAUAUUGUACCACACUGUGAUUUGUCAUCUUUCUUUAUGCAUACGUUGCUCCAUUGUCUUAUUAUUGUUUAUGUUAGACAGUUUACUAGGUAACAACUGAGAAUUGUAUUUGUCUGAAUUAAGCUGUAUACUGUGAGACACACAUGAACCAAUGUGAGAAUUCAGUACCCCAUUUAGUCUGAGUUGAAACUAGAACUCAUUUAGGCUGAACAGUGAUUCUAGAAAGCAUACAAAGUUGAUACUGGAAGCAUUGUAUUUUUUUCCUUCAAAAGAGAACAAAAUAUUAUAAUAUCUAGUGAAAUACAUUCCUAUCCUAUUAUAUUUAUGUGUAGUUUUGUUGCCAGAUGUAGUUUCUAUGACUUCUACAAGUAGGGUAACUUAAGAACAGUAUUAUAAAAAUGUUUGUUUUUUAUUUUUGCAUGAAACAAAAAAAUUAUUUAUUAGUAAUACAAGUUCAACCUAUAAUUAUUUGUCCAGUAAAAUUUGAAAAAAAAAAUAUAUAUAUAUAUGACUCUUUUUUGAUAGUCUGAUGGUUACAGGAUUACUUUAUUUAUUCUGUAUAAUUUGAUAUAAAAAAUUAAAACUGCUUAGAUUUGAUUUGAUUUGUUUCAAACUUUAAGAAUAGAAAUGAGUACAUCUAAAAGUCCCAUGCCCAAUGAGGUUAUCUUCCAAGUCUAUCUUGUUCUUUUUUACUUAUCCUGUAUUGGUUUCCUCCCCUGCCGUGCUGGAGGUUGCAUUGUAUUACAGAGCUCUCCAGCCAAGGGAAGAUGUGUUUUAUUGUAAGUUUUAAAUAUGUUAAACUGUGUGAAAUUUUAUGCAAUGCUCCAGCAAGAUAGUUAACUGGCGAAGCCUGCAAUAUUGUAGGCUAGGAAUAGCUCUUGUUAGUUGGUAUGUUUGUUUUCUUAAACCUCACUGCACACUGCCAUGUCAUCUUUCUUUGUUUUACAAUGUCAAAUGUCAUAUAUUACUGAUUAAUGCUUCAUUUUUGUUUCUUUUUUACAUCUAAUAUUCUUUUAUAAAAAAACAACAAACAAACCACAGGUUCAUUCAUAACAUCACAAGGAAAAAAAAUUACUAUCAAGAACAUUGUUUAGUUGAUGUGGUUUUUGAAAGUUUCAGUUUUGUUGUAGAAAUAUUCAACUAUUUGAUGUUGUAUAUCAUUUAAUCAUAUUUUUUUGUUUAAUGUCAUAGGCAUUUGUCCUAUCUUUCUUUCAUGUCUUUCUCUUAUAUAAAUUGUAAGGUUAUAUCAAUUCUAAGGGGCCUUCAUAUCGCUAGUUCUUUAGGAGUAAGCUAUGUCAAAGUUUGGUGUCAAGUUGUGUUUUGUUUUUCUUACAUUAGCUUUAAAAUCUUCUUUAAGAUAUUGCUGUAGCUUAUUAUUUUAAAAAUAUUAUUGCUAGUAUAAGUCAUGUUAGAUUUUUAUCCACAAUUUGAUGUAUUUUCCCUUUGUAUAUUUCUGUUUGAAUUCAAGUUUGUGCAGGGAUCUUUAUUAAACCAUUUUUCUCAGAAACUCAAUUGAUGGUUAGAGACACUAUUUAAUAGACUUGUGCUUCAGCCUUAAAUUAUAAAAAAGAUAUUUGAUGGAUAGAAAACCUUUUUUUAAUUUUCUUUUUAAGCUUUUGUAUGUGUUUAUAUAUUUUAGAUGAUAUAUUUAAUUGUGGCUAGUAAUCUUUUUUUUUCCUCAUAUUUUUGAAGAUUGAUGAAGUUCAAUAGAACAUCAGUAUAGGGAAUAAAGUUUGAGUUUAGGCACAUCGGCACAAUUUAGGCCAUGUCGUACCCGUAAUCCUUUAAGGAUCACUCUCCCUUUAUAUAACAAGGGCUAAAUUCUAUACAGUUAAAUCGUUAAAAACAAGGACUAUUCACAGUUAAAAUAGUAAAGGUAGUAAAAAUUUAAUAAUUUGGUAAAAAUCUUAUGUAAAUAUUAUAUGUUCACAAUUCAUAAAUCAGAUCUUCGUAGACAACUCCACCUCCCGAACAAAGCCCAGUACCUUCUCAGGGUCGACAUUGUCGAAUAGUGUUUUUAAAUUGUGUGCUCUAAAAAAUUUCUCCCUGACAUCCUGGUAUCUGGGGCAAUCAAUGAGGAUAUGUUCCACGGUGAGGCGAGAGUCACAGUACUCACAAAGUGGGGGCUCCUCUCUCUUCAUUAGAUCAUAAACAAAUUAAUUAAUAUGCCUCCUUUGUUUCCACUUCUUUUUCUUUGUUCAUUACACUAGAAUUUGUUUGAACUAGAAACUAGCUGUCAACAAUAUCAACUUCAGUUGAGCACUACUAGGCUUCUACCUCUGCUAAUCUAGUAACAUUAUGUAUUGUUACAACACAGUAACAAGUACAUGGGUACAUUCAAAUCUUAGACUGCCAGUAAAUUUAACACUAGUCAAAAUCAAGCAGCCUCUUUUUAUCAGAAGUGAUAUUUGUUGCCAGUAAUACAAAUGUAUUUAUAAAUUCCAAUCCUUAACUUUAGAAUCAGAUCAAAGGAUAAUUUUGGUGUGUACCGGUAUUCAUAAAUUGGUUUAAUAUUUUUUGUAGUUUUAAAAUAGAAGUUGUGUCCUUGAUUGCAAUAUUCUUUUAUUAAUUUUAUUAUUUAUUUUUCAUUUUCCAUUCUGAUGGUGUACAUUUAAUGUGAUGUUACAUUCUUUAAGAACAGAACACUUGAUGUGUUCAUGUUAAUGAAACUUGCUCAAGUCAGGUCAUCCUUUGUUGUGUUCACUUGAAACACUCAGUUCUUUAUCAGGUGCCACUAUAACAACCUAGUAGCAGCACAUUCGGAAGCUACUUAUACAGCAUACAUCAAGUUGUUUCUUUUAUAACGCUCACAAGGACUGGCUUGCUUUUUAGUUUCCUCAAAAGUUUUUAAUACAAGACAUUUGUGUGUUGUUGUUUUUUUUUUAAUAACAUCCAUAAUUUUAUAUUAUCAAAUCAUAGGUUGUUCUUUUUUUUUUUUGUUUGUUUGCUACAGUUCUGUAUAUAAAGGUUUCACCACUGUUUUAUUGAUCUUUCCUUGCACUUAACACAAAGUUGUAUUUUUUAAAAUUGGGGAUUUACAAUUUGCCAUAUUUUUAAACUGUCGAAAUAUUAUGUUGAUUUUUUUUUACUUUGUUACCAUUUGUUAUCUAAAGCAUUCAACACUGUUAGACUGAUAUUUUCUUGCACCUACCAUUAUAUGCAUGGUAAAUUAUUGCUUUUCUAUAGAUUGUUUAUUGUAUAUUUUUAUAUACAUUCUUAUUAUAACAUCUUGAAACAAUGGACCUUAAAUUUGUGAGUUUGUUAGCUACCAUUUGAUUCAACUUGGGGAAAUAAUUUAUCCAACCUGGCAUUCUAUUGAACUUAAUUGUUAGGGUUAAUACAAGUCUGAUGUGAUUACUUAGUAGACUGACCUAAGUAUGUAUUUAAUCAAUAAGGUUUCUUUCAAUAAUUAUCAAUAAUUUAAUAAGUUAUGUUAAACAAAAUGAAUCAUUUCAUUAGGUCAAGGGAAAAGAAAAAGUGGCAUGUUUCCUUAUAAACAGCUGCGUCAAGCUUUUCGUCAUUUUGACAAUUAAUUAACUGUGAACAAUUCAAAGCUCUAAGUUAAUGUUUUACAUUUAAAACUGUGUAAUCUACAAUGUUGUUUUUUUUUACUAGUUUGAGUAUCUUUGUCAUAUUUUUUUUAUAUUUUUGUACUCUUUAAAAAUGGUAAUAACUCUGCUGUGUGAAUAUUAUUUUCCUAGAGACUGCUGAGUAUUAUGUUAGAAUACAUCAGCUAGAUUGACUUGUAUACAGUGCUAGGCAAGAGAUGGCUGGCUACAUGUUAUCUGUCUAGGCUCUCAUUCAACUCAUUGUCUGUAUUUAAUCUCUUUGCUUCCUAUCACUAGACCUGCUGACAUUCAACUUGUUUUCUUUAAAGAGCUGGAGUUUCUGAUGUCCUAACCAUUUGUGUUUUGUUUGGAAGUACCAAAUUAUAUGUCACUAUGUACAUGCAUCAUUAUUUUUAAGUUCUUGUCAAUGAGAACAAUAUGUCAUAUGUCAAUAUGUAACACAGCUGUAGUGUUCAAUUGAUAAACUGAAAAUCUAUUGCUAGUGCUGGUAACAAGUUCAUUCGUGUAUUAUCCAUGUGUAGCCUCCCUUGAAUAAUCCAACUUUUUUUUAUCUCCCUGGUUUGCUGUGUACAUGUGGUACCCAAAUUGUACUUGACUGACUUAUUUAUAUCAUUAAAAAUCACUUCUCUUAUACAAAA